UGUAUAAACCGCACUAACGUCCACUAAAGGCAUUAUUUAUGUUAAUAUUGAGCGUCUAAAUGUUUAAUGCGUACUAAAUAAUCUGUCGCACGUGAUUAUAGAUUAUUUGGGAAACUCCACAGACCGGCGUACCAACAGUGCCACCACAACAACACAAAUGUAAGUAGGAACGACAGCAGGAAGGACAACAGGGCAGACACGCAGCUCAAACAGACAUGAAUCCAUCUCGAAAAAUGUAUCCAAAUGCAAACCAAGAAAACCAGAUGAGAAAUAAUAAUGACAUUGAAGUGAAUCAGUAUGAAUAUGAGCAGCAGAACUCACCUACUACAUCAAAUGUACAGGUUCGAGACCAGCCAACAUAUGCUAAUGGAUACACACUGAUACCACCAAAUAAAUCAAAACACAGCGAACUGCAGAGGAUGAUUCAGAAAGAAGAGGAAGGUUUAAGGCGAUGGAAGGAAGAGAACCGUCCUGGCCCGUUUCAGCUGAAUCCAGAGAGGCUUGGUGGUGCUGUUUCUUUAGUAGAAGUUAGACAGAAACAGCAACAGGAAGCACGCAAUGCCAAAACCAGAAAAAAGCUUCAGAAAGAGGAAACGGAUAGAAAAAAAAGAGAGGCAGAGGAAGAGGAGAUCAAAAGGAUGAAGGCCGAACAACGAGAAAAGGCCAUUAAACUAGAGGCAACUAGAAAACAAGAAGAUCAACGCAGACAGGAUCUGUACCAACACGAUCAUCAAAUGAAAAACAUGGAAUAUUUUAAAGGAAUGGAGACGGACAGCAGAACUGUUUCUAUGACAGCAAGCAAUUCCAUCCCUGCAUCAUCAUGGGCAAAAUGUCACGAGUACAGGGAAUCCAAAAGACAGGAAGACAACGCAGCCCUGCUCCAGAAGAAAGCAGAGCAGCGGAGAAAGACAGAACUUUUGGAGGAAAAACAAAAACGAGAUGAAGAUGAAAGGAGGAGGCAGAUUGAAAGUGACCGUCAGAGGGUGAACUCUGACUUCCUAAAAAGAUUGGAGGCAGUUAGUUUAGGUAGAGUGUCUGAACCCGUGGCAAACCCCCCUGUGAGCAGUAACGUCUAUCUAGAUGAUGAUGAUGAAGAGGCUCCACCCUCAUCCGCAGGACUCAAGCCAUCACAAGCCCAUACAGACAGUGGCGAGCAGGAAGAUUGUGAUCAAAUGUGGGCCGUGAUGAAACUUCAGCAUCAUUUUCCAUACUAUGAGCGUGAUAUGCUGGAAGACAUCGUCAGACAGUGUAAUGGCAAUUACCAGCAAGCAUAUGAACUACUUAAUGUGUAAACGAACACAUUGUUAUUGUGAUCUUCUGGCGUGAUGAGCUUGAGCUUUACAGUUCAUCCAAAAAGAACAAAUCUGUCCUCAUUCACUCAACUUUAUGUUGUUCCAGACGAUUUUCUCUAAUGGUCCUCACACAUUGGGAUCCCUUUUAAUGCCUCAUGUUUCCCGAUAGUUUCAUUUCCCAUUCACUUUAAUUGGAAGUUGAUAGAAAGAGCAGCCAGGAUUUUAUAAAAACUCAAUGUUUGUAUUUCAAAGACAUGAAGAUGAGGAAUGAAAUAAUGAAGUUUCACUAGUCCCACUUUAUAUUUUGUGUCAUUACCUACAGUGUAUGUACAUAAGAAAAAAAUAUUUAAUGAGGAGAACCGGGGUGAAAGUAAAGCGGGACGAAAGAAACAAAGUGAUUUUCUCAGAUUCCUGACUACAUUUGCAUUUUAAACUAUGACAGCAUGUUUAGCACACAACCCUUGACAGAGCUAAAAAAUAUUGCGUUAUUUUCUCACUGUUUUGCGCAUAUAGGUCCAGAAAGCUGUUUUCGACCAUGAUAAGUACAUUUUUCAUAUAACGCGUUGUGUUUCUCUUUCAUGUGUUACAGUACUGAUCAAUCUACAGGUUAUUUAGAGCUCGAACACAUCCUAAAGUUUGACUUCGCAAAGUUUUUCAGAAUAAAAGUUAAUCGGGUUUAAAUGUUAGGAUUUCCUGGUGGGACGAAAGUAAAGGGGGUCGCACACCAACCACGCAGCUCAGCUUCGCGCCGCGUCGCGUCUAGGACAACUCGGAGGUAUCGUAAACCAGGAAGUGCACAUUAAGUAGCGCAGGCUUCGUCAGAUAGCGUCUACUCUAAAAUGCUAAAUAUACGUUAGCAGCCAAUGUUAAUCGUUAAUGAUUUGGGACGAAUAUGAUGUUAUUUAAUGUUAAACUAUUUGAGUGGCGCUCUGUGGGGCGACAGGGAUUUGAGCAACUUUUUGGGUCGUGGCUGGGCGCUGCGGACAGGCGCCACCUGUUGGCGGUGGUGUGCGUAUACUCAUAGAAAACAAUGUGUUUGAUUUUUUAGAACGGCGCGGCGCUGAGCUGUGCAUCCUGUGUGCGACCCCCUUAACACUUGUUACACAUAAUACUGUUGAAUUAUGUUGAAAAUUUAUAUUAUUCUCAUUUGAUUUAAUUAAAUUUUAUAGUGUUCAAACUGUUCAAAAGUUUUUUUUUUCAACAAUUCAAGUUUGUACUGUCAGGUUGUCAAUGUUGAAACAUUUGAUAAAACUGAAAUUUAAAAUGAAAAUGUAUAUAAGAUACAUAUAUAUUUAUAUAAGAUAAAAUACAAAAUAUGUUUGCAGUUACAUAACAAGGUCAUAGUCAUUUACAUUUACUAAAAUCAAGUGUAACGUAAAAAUCUAUAUUGUUCUGUUGUGUUACUUUGACACACCUAUGUGUUACUUUCGUCCCAGAUGGCGGGGAAAACGUGCCGCAAGAUCAAGGAUUUUUGCUGCAACAAUCACAAAAAAACAAAAAAGCAUUUUUCUGGAAGGACUGUCUACAUUAACAGCAACAUUACACACUAACUAAAGUUUAAAAAAUGGGAUCAGGAAAAACAUAACCUUUAAAAACAUCCAAAAAAAAAUUACUUUCUCCCCUGCUCUCCCCUAUAUAAUUUACCAAUUGUGUGCUUAUGUAUUGUUCUGGGCGUUAGGGACAUUGCAGGGAUUGACAUUAAGCGUCAUUAGGCGGUUGUCCUUUGGACAAGUAAAAUUGCCAUUCAAAUUUGUCCGAAUAAAAAAUUUAGUUGCUCGGAGAUAAUAAAUGCAGUUUCAUUUGUGGAGUAAAUAUAAUUGUUUAUUGUAGUUAGCAGUGGCAGCCGGUGACUUCUUUUUUGAGGGCACCUGAUGUGAAACUCGUCAAUACAUGUAUUUAACCCCGUCAUGCUUAUGGCUCGUCACUUCAAAAUAUGUGUUCGGCGCGUCAUGUCUAAAUACAUGUCUGCUGCAAACCCUUCAAAGGGUUUUAUGACAAAAGAGACGCUCACGUAUGCCAGAUACUCGCUUAAUCUCAUGUGUAAUCAGGGUUUAGUAGUUAAUGUUUUGUGAGUAUUUUGUAAGCGUCUCUUUUAUCAUAAACCUUUUCGGCGUGUGUGCAGCAGGCUCGUAUUUUGACAUGACGCAUUAUGCAUAUAGGUUGACAUGACGCACCAAACACCUGACACUCCGAAAACAUAUUUUGAAUUCGUGCCCCUCGGAAGAGAAGUUAUCGGCCGCCACUUGUAGUUAAACAAAACAACAUUUAAUCUAGAUGUAGAGUACAUAUGUUUAUAUGCAAGUUUUUGGUUCAGCACUUUGGUAUGUGUGUGUAUACGCUAUGUGUGCCUGUCGUUAUAACCAUGGGUUUGAAUUUAGCAUUAUUGAGGUGUACUCCGGUAGAAAUGAAUGUCACAGUAAAUAUUGGAUUUUCUCAAUCAUUUUUAAAUCAUUUUAUUUUAUUACUUUUUGAAUUAAUGUAUUUUAAUUUUAUUUAUUUAAUUUUAAUGUAUUUAAUUUAAUGUAUUUUUUCAAUAGAUAUUUUAAAGUUACUUGUCCGGCAUUCAAGUAAAAUUUCUCACUUGCCCUUCUAAAACAUACAGUUGUCCCCGACAUGCGGACAAGCGUUAAUGUCGAGCCGUGCAUUGUAUACAUUUUUUUUUUGUAAUUUAAAGUAGGACAGUUUCAUUUUUGGGUGAAAGAAUCCUUACUUAAAACAAUAGCGGGUUUGAAGAUUGUAGCAUCUUUUGAAAUGACAGAAAAACUAUUUAUCUUGUUUAGUUUGCUCAGUUAUUUUUAUUCUGACACAAAAUGGAUUGACACUUAGCCACAGAGAGAGAAAUCAAACGAAUAAAUCAAAACCCGAGUCUGCUGUGGGAACGUUUAUGGAUCCCAUGUGUACAGUUUGCAGGGUAAAUGAUGUGCAUUCACGAAAUUCAAAGGCUAAUUUAUAAUGAGGUAAAUGACUGGCAAAGUUCUGUGUCUAUCCACCAUAUGGGAGGGACAGUGAAAACCAAACCACCAUACAUUUGCUUCCAGACUGUAUAGGUUUAUUGUUAAAAAGUUUCUGUUAAAGUAAUGGUUUCUGUAAAUGUGGAUGAGAGUUUUCUUGAUCUACAAAAGUUUUUGGCAAAAUAAUACAGAUUCCAAUGCAGAUCCCUCGUUUUUUGGGUAAAAGCUUGUGUUGUUGUUGAAUCAAGAUCACUUAUGCUUCUGCGCAGGAAAAGAUUCUUAUGUAAAUGUGUUCACUGCAUUAAACAUAUCAUUUCCUGUGACAA